AUGAAUAGAAAUAAAGACUUGGAUGAACUUCUCUUUAAAAAGAACACUGAAUAAAAAUAAGACUAAGAGAAACCUCCCUAUUCUCACAUAGAUAUUACAAUAACAUCUUAUAGUGAAAUAUCAGAUGGAACUCCAAAUAAAUUUCCAAUAAAAAAAGUUUAUACGGAAUAAAAUUGCUUUUAGCAUUAAAAGAAUAGAAUAUUAACUCAGGAAGAAUAAAUUCAUUAAUAAAAUCAAUUAUAAGUAUCAAAUUCAAUUCUUGAAUCUAUGACACCAUAAAGAAUGAAUAAAUUAAUUGAUUGGUCUAAAUAUAAUGUAACACCAGGGGAUGGCAAAAAUAUCUUUCCAUAAGUUUAAGGACCCAGUAUAGAAUUUUCAAAUGAAAACUCUUUAAAUUUUAAAUAACCGUAAAAACUUAAUAUCAACAGCGAUAUUCUUUUAAAUAAAUAUAUCGAAAUUGAAGAGAGACUAAAAUUGUUAUAAGCAAAGCAUAAAGAUUUUUCAACUCUUGAAACAUUAAGGGGUAAGAACCUUUAAAUAGCCUCUUAGAAAAUUAUUAGUUAGCAAGAAGUUAUCAGAGCUAAAGAUAAGAUUAUUGAUGAAUUAAAUUUAGAAAUAAAAAAACAGAAAGAUAAUGAUAUUUACAUAAAGGAUCUACUUUAAGAGAUUGAAAAAAAAGAUUAAAUUUUAAGUGAAUUCAAAAAUAAAUCUGACAAGGAUCGAAUAAUUGAAAAUUAAGAAUAAUAAAUUCAAAUUCUAACUAACAGAUUAAAAAAGGAGAUUGAAUAUAGAAAACAAGACGAAAACAUGUUAUCAGAAAUAAAGUUAAAAGAGAUUAAAAGAUCAAGUGUAUUUGAACUAAAUACUAAAUGUCAAUCUUGUACAUAAAGCAAAUAGGAAUUAAAAAAUAUAUUAUAAGAAUGCUCAAUAGAAGAUGAUAAGAAUAUUUUUGAAAGUGAAAUGUCUAUACAAAUUUAAAUUAGAGAGGUGGUAACAUUAUUAUUGACAAAAUAGAGAGAAUAAAUAGAUAUUGCAUUUUAAUAAUAUGAAGAAUAAUUAAAAGAAUUAUCUGAUUAAAUUGAGUAUUUUAAAGAGUAAAAUAAUAAUUUAAUUGAAGAAAAUGAUAAAUUACAUAAUUAAUUAUCAAUAAUCUUAAAUGAAAGAGGAGAACAAGAAAAGAAAUUAUAUGAAGAAUUUGAAAAAGUAAAAAAGAUCAAUUGUUUAUUAAUUUAGGAAAAUUCAGAAUUUAAAUAAUAGUUAAAAUCUCCAAGAAAUUAAGAUCAUAUAAAAUCUAUCGAUUCAGAAAAUUUAGGUCAUUUUAAAUCUAUAUAAACUGAUAGAUCUGGUUUAAAUAAUGAAAUGGCAUAAAUAAAACAAUAAUUCUAAAAUUAAAUAAAAGACUUACUUAUAAAAAUAUCUGAAUAAGAAAAACAAAUUUAAUAAUUAAAGAAUGAUUCAAUUAAAAACUUAUCUUCAUCUAAAAAGAAUUAUAAUUAAUAAAAUCAAACUUCAUAAAAUGAAAUGAAACAAUAAUAUUAAAAACUAAAGGAAAAAGAUAAAAAGAAUAUUGAACUUUAUUCAUAAAUAAAAUAAUUGUAGUAAGUUCAAAAAGAUUACGAAUAAACAAUUUUUGAAUUAAAGGAUGAAUUGGAGAAACAAAAAAAGAAAUUACAAUAAAAAAAUAUAGAAGUGAAGUAAUUAAUGGAAUAAAAUAAAACAUUUUAAGAUAGAAAUACAGAUCUAAAUCAAAAGCUUUAACAAUAAUAUAUUUAAUAGGAAUAUGAUAUGAAAUUGAAUGAUACUAAACAAUCACCAAAUAAUAAAAGCAUUGAGUAAGGCAGAGUGAUUAGUUAAUAUAUUUCAUCAAAUUUGAGUUAAUAAUAAUUAAAUUAAUUAGUGGACGAGUAUAAGAGUUAUCAAUAAGAAUUUAUAGAUUUAAAACAAGUUUUUAACGAAAAGUUAAAAUAACACGAAAUAUUAUAAAAUGUAUUAUUGAUUUUUAUUAUUAUUAGAAAAUAUCAAAGCUUUAACAAGACAAUAAUCAUUUAGUUUAAUAAAAUUAAAAGUUGAUUAUGGAAAAUUAUAGUCAAAAGGAUGAUAAAUUAACAAAAAGAACAUCAGAAGAAAUUACAACAGGAGUAAGGUGUUCAGCUGCAACUGGAGAUUCUAUUAAUAUAAAAUCAUUUAUCUAAUUAGGAGAUGAGGAAUCUUUAAAGAGAAAAUAAUUUAAUAUUCUAGAUCUUAUUUAGCCUGAAUUAAUGUCUACUGAAGAAACACUUUAUAUUCUGAAGGAAAUUCUGGUUCGAUCAGUAAAAUCAAUUGAAUUGAUAAAGAAAAUUUACUAGAUUAGUGAAAUAAAGGAAUUGUUAUUCCUCAUUCAAUAGGUAGAUGAAAAAUAUUAGAGUUCCAACAAAAAGUUGACAAAGGUUAUUAGCUGUAUUUUAGGUGAAAAAAGAAAAAUAAAGUAUACUAAUAGAAGUGAAAAGCCAGAUUUCUAUAAUUCUUGA